AUGCCAUCGAAGUCGCCAUUCCCAGAUGUGGAAAUUCCCGACCUGGACUUAUGGGGCCUCAUCUUCGACAGCAAAGACCGCGACUUCUCAGACGGAAAAGUCCUAUACCGCGCCAUCCAUUCAAAUCGCAAGUACACGUUCGCCGAUGUCAAAGCACACGCAACUGCUUUUGGCGAAGGCCUCUGUAACCUUUGGGACUGGCAACGAAACGAAGUUCUAGCUCUAUACGCGCCUAACGAUAUCGAUGUACCACCGAUCAUCUACGGAACCUUCUUCGCAGGUGGCAUUGUCACCCCAGCAAAUCCGGGAUAUUCGGCGGAUGAAUUGGCUUACCAGUUGGAGAACUCUGGGGCACGAGCACUUGUUACGACAAAGGCGUUUCUGAAGACUGCACUCGAGGCCACGAAGAAAGUUGGAAUUCCUGAUGAUCGGGUGAUUAUCUUGGGAGCUGAGAAAGAUGACACGCAUCGAGUUAAGCACUGGACCAACAUCCGGAAGACAUCUGGAGCACUAAGGUAUCGACGGAAGAAGGCUAAGCCAGAGGACCUGGCAUUUCUGGCGUACUCCAGCGGCACAACAGGGUUGCCAAAGGGUGUCAUGCUCACUCACCGAAAUAUCGUUGCGGAUCUGCUGCAAAUCAAAGGUUCCAUCGGACAUUGGUAUAGCUCCAAAGAGGACAGAUUCCUUGGUGUGCUGCCCUUCUUCCAUAUCUACGGCCUCACAGGAUUAGUACGUCAGAUGCUGCACCGGGGGAUAGAACUUGUGGUCAUGCCUGCGUUCGAUAUGGAAACGUUUUUGCGGACGAUCCAAGAGCACAAGAUCACGUUCAUCUACGUGGCACCGCCGGUCAUUGUACGGCUGGCACGAGACAAAAUGGUCGACAAAUACGAUCUGUCUUCAGUCAAGAUGAUUACAAGCGGUGCUGCACCCCUCACGAAGGAGCUCGUCGACAGUGUACACAAACGGCUCAAGAUCAGAAUCAACCAAGCCUACGGCCUCAGCGAAACAAGUCCAAUGACCCAUACCCAACCCUGGGACGAAUGGUACACGUCUGUCGGCAGCGUAGGCAAGAUGUUCCCCAACAUGCACGCUAAAUACAUGUCGCCCGACAACACGGAGCUGGGUCCUGGCGAAGUAGGCGAGCUGUGGCUAUCCGGGCCAAACGUGUUCAAGGGAUACUGGAAAAACGAAGCCGCUACGAAAGACUCCAUCACCUCCGAUGGCUUCUUUAAGACCGGCGAUAUCGGGUUUCAGGACAAGCAGCAUAAUUUCUACAUCACUGACCGGGUCAAGGAGCUUAUCAAGUACAAGGGUUUCCAGGUCGCGCCAGCAGAGUUGGAGGGCAAGCUGAUGGACAACGAACUAGUGGAAGACGUCGCCGUGAUUGGCGUGCAGGAUGAACACAUGCACACCGAAGUGCCCCGGGCCUACGUUGUAGCUGCAAAGAGCAACGGCGAGGCUGGAGAGAACGAGGCGAAGGAGAUUGUGGAUUGGAUUGGAAAGAAGGUUGCUAACCACAAGCGGUUGAGAGGCGGAAUUGUCUUUGUGGCCGAGGUGCCGAAGAGCGCGAGUGGGAAGAUCUUGAGGCGGCUAUUGAAGGAGAGGAGUAAGGAUGAUACGCCUCUGGGCAUCACAAGUCAGGCUAAGCUGUAA